CGCAAACACACAUGGACCCGCCCAAUUCCUUAAGUUUCAUUUUCUGUUUUGUCAGUGCACCGAUAAUCCACACAUGAACCAAAACCUCCCGAAUCCGUAGGGUACAGACCACCUCUGGAUUUUAUUAACAAAGAGUUCAGAACUAAGGAACGCAUCCGGAGACUUCCUGUUUAGACCUCCGCUAAAAUGGCUGAAGAAAACCCUCCUCCUCUCAAACAUUACCUGACUUGCAACGUGUGCACUGAGAUCCUCAAGGACCCGGUGUCUCUGGGCUGUCACCACAGCUUCUGUUCCAGCUGUCUCCAGGACUUCUGGGCCCAAGCUGAGAAUAAGAACUGUCCCGUCUGUAAGAGGAAAUCCUCAAAGGAGAUAGGCAUUAACUUUUCCCUAAAAGAGCUUGCUGACUCCUUCGCUGGAAGACAGAGGUCUGCCCCCUCUGAAGAGGCCCAGGUGGUCUGCACUGAAACCUCCCAGAGGUCUGCCCCCUCAGAAGAGGCCCAGGUGGUCUGCACUAAACCCUCCCAGAGGUCUGACCCCUCUGCUGAGGCCCAGGUGGUCUGCACUGAACCCUCCCAGAGGUCUGACCCCUCUGCUGAGGCCCAGGUGGUCUGCACUGAACCCUCCCAGAGGUCUGGCCCCACUGAUGAGGCCCAGGUGGUCUGCACUGAGCACUUAAAGGAUAUCAAGUGGUUCUGUAAGGACGAGCAGAGAGCUGUGUGUCCUGUGUGUGAGUUCCCUCACCACCAGGGUCACAGGGUGGUUCCUCUAGAAGAACAAGUCCAGGAGCUGAAGCAGCAGCUGAGACCUGACCUCAGGGCUCUACAGGCCAGGAGGAGCAGACACCAGGAGCUGGAGGAGACGUAUGAGGCCAUGGUUCCUCACCUCAAGGGACAGCGGGUGAAGACCGAGAGGGGGAUCAGGAAAGAGUUUGAACAGCUUCACCGGUUCCUGAGAGAGGAAGAGGAGGCCAGAGUGGCGGCCCUGGGAGAGGAAGAGGAGCAGAAGAGGAAGAGGAUCCUCCUGGAGAGGAAGACCCUUCAGGAGCAGAUCCGGUCUCUCUCAGAGGGUCUCUCGGCUGUAGAAGCAGAUCUGCAGAAGGACGGCCUGUCGUUCCUCAGCGCUUCCACGCGCUCCCGGACCAGCGCCAGAGCCCUGCUCUCCGGUUCUGAUCCCCAGCUGCUUCCUGGAGCGCUGCUGGACGAGGCCAAACACCUGGGAAACCUGGCCCACAGAGUCUGGGAGAAGAUUGGGCAGAGGACCACCUUCAGCCCCGUUACUCUGGACCCAAACACUGCAACACGCUCACUCUCUCUGUCUGAUGAUCUGACCAGCGUAAGACGUAUGGACGUAAACCAGAUGGUUCCUAACAACCCAGAGAGGUUCACUAGGUACCGUAAUGUUCUGGGCUCUGAGGGCUUCAGCUCAGGGGAACACUGCUGGGAGGUGGAGGUGGGAGACCUUCCUAUCUGGAGAAUAGGUGUUGCUAAAGAGUCAGUGGAGAGGAGAGGAGAGCAUACUGCUUCACCAGCUAAUGGAAUCUGGUGUUUAUUCAAUGACAGUGGAAAGUACACUCAGGGUACUGGUCAAACCCUGACAUUGAAGAGGACUCCAGAGAGGAUCAGAGUCCAGCUGGACUAUGAUGGAGGGGAGGUGUCCUUCUACGACCCUGAAGACAUGACUCUCAUCUACACCCAUCAACACACUUUCACUGACAACAUCUUCCCUUGGUUUAGUCUUGGAGCAGCAGGUGAAGCCCGGACCAAAGCUGUUAGAGUGUGUGGUGUCUCCUCACGCACUAAACCAUGUAAAUGAAUGUAACCUUGUCAGUUCUGUUUGCCUGCUAGAGUCUCUGGUAUGUAGAAACACGGUAUCAUAUAUAUAUACACAUAUAUAAUCGGGUAAUAAUCAAAUAGUAGAACAAAGAAACAAAUCAACAGGUAUAUUACAACAAAAUAAUAUGAGUCCACCUUGUGGUCAAUGUAUGGAAUGACACAUAGUCCACAGAGCAAGAAAACACUGCCUGCAGUUACACAUAUAAUAUAUAUAUAUAUAUAUAUAUAUAUAUAUAUAUAUAUAUAUAUAUAUAUAUAUGUGUGUGUGUGGAUCAAUAUAUCUAGUUGUGUAUGAGUAUAGUAUCAUAGGCGGUAGAGGAUGGUCAGUGAAGGCAUCAUUGCAGCCUGUGGAUCAUUAACAGUGAGGGAUGUCGGUGUUUUCUUGUUAACUGGUAUAAAUGGAAUUGUACGUUUAAUGUUGAUAACAAGGGUCUGUAAUAGAACCACAUACGUAGAGAAAUCAAUGAUACUGUUAACACAAUAUUGUUAUGUUAACACCUACACAAGAAUCACAUGGGGAAAUAACAAUCAUCCAUCAAACGGUUGGUUGUGUUAUUCUAUUACUUUUGGUUUUAGUCAAUGCUGUUCAUUCCUGUCUGUGUAUUAGUCUAUCCUCACUGUUUGGGACGCAUCGGUUUAUACAUAUUCACGCAGGGUAUAGAAAGGUGUUAGGGUUUGAUUCCAGGGUUUAGGGUUUAGUAACAGAGGAAAUCAAUCAGAACAUAAUGAUGAAUUAAUUAUUAUGUUAUUAAUUAUUAUUAAUAGUGAUUAUUCAGAUCACUGGGAUUCCAUUCCUGUUAACCAACUAAAAGUUAUUUCUUCAAUAAACAUGUGUCGGCCUGUU